UUGGUAGUCGGUUUCCGCAUUCUCAGCGACAAGCAUGACACUAUAUAGUUUAACUUUAGUCCUGGCACUGUUAGUCUUGGCUCAAGGAGCGAGUUUUGGCCAGGACGAAAGACUGCGCUAUGACAACUACUCGGUGUACAAGGUCAAGUUUGAGACUCGAGAGCAGAGAAGUAUCCUGAGGAAGCUUGCAGAGGAUCGGGAAAAUUUUAGGUUGUGGCAUGAGGCCAAGGAUGAGUUACACCUGAUGCUAAGUCCAGGUGCUUUUGGCGAACUCGAGACUGAAAUGCGGAAGACCAAUGUCACGGCAGAGCUGUUUAUCAGCAAUGUGCAGGAGCUCAUUGAUUCGGAGGAAGCUGCCAACCUGAAAGCCAGCAGAGAUGGAUCCUUCGGUUGGACGAAGUACAAUUCUCUAGCAGAGAUCUAUGCGUGGCUGGACGAAAUACUAGCCGCUUAUCCAUCGGUAACAGAGAGUUUUGAAGUGGGUCAAUCGUACGAGGGCCGCACCAUCCGGGGCAUUAAGAUCUCUUACAAGUCGAAUAAUCCUGGAGUGCUUAUUGAGUCCAAUAUACAUGCAAGGGAGUGGAUCACCUCCGCCACGGCCACUUGGCUGAUCAACGAGUUCCUUACCUCCACGGACGAGUUAGUGAGAGAUCUUGCCGAGAAUCACGACUGGUACAUAGUGCCAGUGCUGAAUGUCGACGGUUUAGUGUAUACUCACGAAAAGGAUCGCAUGUGGCGAAAGACCCGUCAACCCUCCGACAUUUCUAGUUGCAUCGGAGUAGACCCCAACCGAAACUACGAUUCGCAUUGGAUGGAGAACGAGGGAGCUUCCUCGGAUCCCUGCGCCGAGGACUACGGUGGACCCAAGCCCUUUUCGGAGCCCGAAAUCCUGGCCAUGUCUGAGUUCGUAAUCAGCAUCAAGGACAAGGUCAAUGUGUUGCUCGCGUUCCACUCGUACAGUCAGCUUUUGCUCUCUCCCUACGGACACACCAAAGAAGAGUUUCCGCCCAAUUUCGAUGACAUGAUGGAAGUGGCUAAAGCCUAUGGAGAUGCAGUUGAGAGCCUGCCCUAUGGAACUGUCUACAGAUACGGCUCAGCUGCCGGCAUUCUCUAUCCUGCGUCUGGAGCCACCAUAGAUUGGGCAUACAAUGAACAAGGGGUGCAGAUAUCGUACACCAUUGAGUUCAGGGACACCGGUCGAUAUGGUUUCAUCCUGCCCCCGGUGCACAUUAUCCCAAACGCCGAGGAGGCAUUAAUCGGAAUUGCUGCCCUAUUAGAAAAGUGUAAAGACCUGGGCUAUCUCGCACUUAAGAGCACCUUGAUAAUCACCGUGUUAUGUUUCUUAAGCACGAGGCGGUCAGCAGAAUUUCAGUCAUUGCUCAAAAUGCGUCUGCUUUGGUUGCUUGCCACGCUGGUGGCUCUAACAAGUGCUGGGAUCCUUAAGGACUCGGCCAAAGAGCGUUAUGAUAACUUCAGGGUAUACAAGCUCACCAUACAAAACAAAAUUCAAUUGGCUGCGAUCGAGAAAAUUGGCGAGCUGACGAAGAAGUACAACAUUUGGAAGGAGUAUGACGAGCGUAGUAAGCAGGUUGAUAUUAUGGUUAGUCCUGGUGAACUAAACCAUUUCCAGGAGCUGCUCAAAUUCAAUAACAUCAGCAGCGAGCUUAUGAUCGAGAAUGUCCAAGAGCGUAUCGACGAGGAAAAAGUCACGCCAACUGCAGAUAGCGCCACCUUUGGCUGGACGAAGUACUAUGAGCUGGAAGAGAUUGAGGCCUGGCUGGACGAGAUUCUGAAGGCAUAUCCCUCGGUAACCGAAGAGUUCAUCGUUGGUACCUCCUACGAGGGGCGAACCAUUCGAGGCAUCAAGAUCUCGCACAAAGCUGGCAAUCCUGGCAUUUUCAUCGAGUCCAACAUCCAUGCCAGAGAGUGGAUAACCUCGGCCAGUGCCACAUGGUUCAUCAAUCAGCUGUUGACCUCAGAGGAUGCCGAUGUGCGGAAUCUGGCCGAUAACUACGAUUGGCACAUAAUACCCGUAUUCAAUGUGGAUGGCUUUGAGUACUCACACAGAAAGGAUCGUAUGUGGCGCAAGACACGUCAGCCACAUGCCACGAAUGCCUGCAUUGGAGCUGAUGCCAAUAGGAACUUUGACUCCCAUUGGCUGGAGAACAAUGGAGCUUCUAGUAAUCCCUGCAGUGAGACUUUUGCUGGGGAUACCCCUGGAUCUGAGCCCGAGGCCAAGGCCUUGGCUGAGUAUCUGACCAAAAUCCAGGACGAAAUUAGUGUGUACAUAUCCUUCCACUCGUAUGGACAGUACCUGCUCUCGCCCUACGGACACACCAAGGAGGAGUUCCCAGAAAACUAUAAUGAUAUUCUGACCAUUGGCAAGGCCUUUGCCGAUGCCAUUGAAGCCCUGCCUUACGGAACUGUCUACCAGUAUGGAUCUACAGCUGAUGUGCUUUAUGUGGCCACUGGCACCUCCGUGGACUGGGUGUUCAACGAGCUGGGCAAGAAGAUCGGCUACACAAUCGAGUACCGUGAUAAGGGACGUUAUGGCUUUAUCCUGCCACCAGUGCAGAUCCUACCCAACUGUGAAGAGCUAAUGGUUGGCAUGCUGGCUUUGAUUGAGAAGACCAAAGAGUUGGGUUACUUGUAAAGGCACGAUUUAUUUGUACCGCAUGAAUGGCUUAUUCGUGUUCAUUAAAAUACCUCACAUAUGAGGCCAGCAAA